AUGCCUUUGGUCAUCUUCACUGGGUAUCCAUGUUCGGGAAAAACAACUUGGACCUCUAAAUUGGUACAAGAGCUACAAACCAAAAUCGACAGUGCACAAACAGAGAAACUUCCGGGUCACAAUUACAGAAUCAUCGUUCAUAGCGAUGAAUCAUUGGGCAUCUCUCAUGCAGCCUACACAGACUCUUUGCAAGAGAAGCAUGCUAGAGGUACACAAAUGUCCGCAGUGAAGCGUGACUUGUCGCGAAACACUAUCGUGAUUCUAGAUUCUUUGGCCUAUAUUAAGGGCUUUAGAUAUCAGCUUUUCUGCGAGGCAAAAGGAAUGACAACGCCGCAUUGUGUGGUACAAGUCAUGAAUCCGCUUGAAAAAUGCAUUGAAUGGAAUAAACAAUAUUCUAAUUCGUGGCCAGAAGAUGUGAUUAAGCAAUUGGAGAUGCGUUAUGAGGAACCAAAUCCGGCAUCUCGAUGGGAUCUGCCACUAUUCACCGUUGUCAGUGAUGAACCGGGUGAAAAGUUGCCAGUUGAAGAAAUUUGGGAUGCAUUGGUACUCAAAAGACCCCCUCCACCAAAUGCGGCUACACUAGUAAAGGCUACAUCGGGUAAUGAUUACUUGCAAGCUCUAGAGAAAAAGACACUGGAUAUCGUGGCUACAAUAGUACAAAACCUGAGCAAUGGCGGGGGUUCCGUUGUGAUCAAUCGCACCGCUAAUUUACAUGUGGAUUUACCAGCGAAUGGAGUGAGCAUCUCUCAGUUACAGCGCAUCCGUCGUACGUUUGUUGCCUUAAACAGAAUGAGAAGCAUAGACCUAGACAGAAUUGAUAGUCUUUUCGUUGAAUAUGUCAACAAGAGUCUCGAUCAAUAG